GAACGGGCGGGGCGGUCCGGCUGGUUCUCGGCCAUCCGCGGCUCGGCGGCGACGGCGACAUGGAGAGCGGGGCCUACGGCGCGGCCAACGCGGGCGGCUCCUUCGACCUGAGGCGCUUCGUGUCGCAGCCUCAGGUGGUGACGCGCCUCGUGAGCAUGGUCUUGGCCUUGAUCGUGUUCUCCUGCAUCUUCGGCGAGGGCUACAGCAACACUCAUGAAUCUAAGCAGUUACAAUGUGUGUUCAACCAGAAUGAGGACGCGUGCCGUUAUGGCAGUGCCAUCGGGGUGCUGGCCUUUCUGGCCUCAGCCUUCUUCCUGGUGGUCGAUGCCUUUUUCUCCCAGAUAAGCAAUGCUACCGACCGCAAGUACCUGGUCAUUGGUGACCUGCUCUUCUCAGCUCUCUGGACUUUCCUGUGGUUCGUUGGUUUCUGCUUCCUGACCAACCAGUGGGCAGUCACCAAAUCUGAAGAUGUCCUGGUGGGAGCGGACUCAGCACGGGCAGCCAUCACCUUCAGCUUCUUCUCCAUCUUUUCCUGGGGUAUGCUGGCUUCCCUGGCCUACCAGCGCUACAAGGUUGGAGUGGAUGCCUUCAUCCAGAACUAUGUGGACCCCACCCCAGACCCUAACACAGCCUACGCCUCCUACCCCAGUGCCUCGGUGGAAAACUACCAGCAGCCGCCCUUCACCCAGAACGUGGAGACCACUGAAGGCUACCAGCCUCCCCCUGUGUACUGAGCAGCCGGGGUGGAGGCAGGGGGAGUGCUUGGGGCCACGCCUCUCCCCUGGACUUCUUUCUGGAGGUUUGCUGCCUGGAACUGCAGACCCUCGCCUGUUACAGCCAAAGAGCCCAUGCCUUUUUGCAUCCUAGCUGCAGCCAGCCAGAGCACACCCGAAGUGCCUGUGCCCAAAGGGGCUUCACUGCCACCCACCCAAACCUCCUUUCUAGCAAAGGGUUUCCACUAGAUCUUCUCUCUGCCGAUCCCCAGUGCCUGGGAUGGCGCCCAGGGCCUUGAAUUUGCUUAACCAGUGCUACCACCGAGCGGUGUGCUCCGUUCCUUGUUGCUUUUGAUAACCCUGGAUCCUGUCCCGGCCAGGGCAGGUGCCUGCUGUAUACUGUUUUUGACAUACGCCAUCGUUCCCCUCGCUGGAAGGCGGAGCUGGAGGCCACAGGAGCCCCAACUACCUUUUUUUCCCUCCAAAGACAAGGUUGGGUGUCCAUGCACCUAUCUCCUCGGAGUGCCGGGCCUCGGCUGGCUCCUCACUCCCUCACUCAGGUUCAUUACCCAGCUUCGGCUGGGCUCUAUGCUCAGUGCUGUGUUCUGGGGUCACCACUGCCAGCUGUCCCCAGGCUGCUUGCCGCCAGCUGUAGAGCAGGCAGAGGCACUGGACAGCACUUCCUUCUUGCUCCCGCCCCUGACGGGAGGGAGGAGCUUUGCCUGGAGACCACACCCAGCUUUAUGUAAAUAUUCCCCAGCUCCCCAGCAGUCCUUAGAUGCUAGUGAGGAGGACAGGGGCCCCUGCACUGAAUGUACUGGGGACUUGGUGGGGACAUCCCUGCCCUCAUGUUCUGUAGACCAGUUGGGAGAUGGAAUAAAUGUUUUUCUCAGUG